AUGUCUAGAUACAACAAACGUGAAAAUAAAAAGCCAAAAUCUACCUCUUACGAAACUCUUCGUCGUCUAAGAGAACAGGGUGGUUCCCGUUUAGACGAGUAUGAACUUAAAGAAGAAGUAUUGUAUGAUUUAGUUAGUGAGGAUGAAUAUCAAGCUCGACUUCAAACUGAAAGAGAGGGAAAUGAUUUUAUUAUUGAUGAUGACGGUAAUGCAUUUAUAGAUGAUGAAACAGAUGAAGAAACUGACGAUUCUCAAUAUGAUGAUUCCCCUCAAACAGGGGAUAAAAAACCCGAGAAUAUUAAGCCAGUUAAUGCAUUUUUCCAGCGUGUAGCUGCUGUAACUGAGCAAAAAUCUACUGUGGUCGAAUCAAAUGAAAAGGAAUCAAAUUUUAUGUCAAAAUUGUUUGAAGAUUUGGAAAAUGAUAUGGAAGAUGUAGAGUUUAAUUACAAUAAUCUUAAUGAAUAUAAUAAUAAUAAUAAUAAUAUUAAUGAACAUAAUAAUAUUAACAAUAGUAUUAUUAAUGAACAUAAUAAUAUUAAUAAUAGUAUCAUUAAUGAACAUAACGAUAUUAAUGAGCAUAAUAAUCUUAAUAGUAUUAGUGAGCAUGAUAUCAAAGAUAUUGAAAAUUCUUAUAUUUUGCAAUCUGAAAACAUUGAAACAGAUAUGAAUGUUUUCAAUAAUAAUGAUGGUUUUCAAGAGACUGCUCAAAUAGCUAAUUGUCUCAAAAUUUUUUGGAUUGAUGCAUACGAAGCACCUGGUAAACUGUAUAUAUUUGGAAAGAUAUUGGAUGCAAAAGUUAACGGAGUUAAUGAAUUUAAAAGUUGUUGCGUCUGUGUAAACAAUGUCGCAAGAAAUCUUUAUGUAUUACCUAGAUCAAGAAAAUAUGAUG